UCUUCUCUCUCUCUCUAAGUUUCCUUUUUUGUGACCCCCGCUCCUUGCAAUCUCCGACCCAUUCGUUUAUUAGGGUUCAUCUCUCUCUCUCUCUCUCUCUCUCUCUCUCUGUGUCUUGCUUUUGCAGAGAUUUACCCCUCCAUUAAUGGAGAAUUGCGGCUUCCUCAACUGCGAAAAGCUGGAUAGAAUGGCGAACUGGGUGGGAACAAGCGUGGCCUCUGCUUUCUUCGCCUCUCUAGAGAGAUGUUCCUGCAUAACCCUCAACACAACGGACAUGGAGGAAGACGAGGAAGAGGCAAAAGAUCGCCCCCUCAUGUUAACCAAACCAGUGGUUCAUGAUGUUCCAGAGAAGGCUUCUAAUGGAGUCGACCCAAGUCCAGUUUGAGGCCUUUCUCUUUCCUCUUUCAUAAUUUUAGAGAGAUGAAUGAUCAUGUGUAAUACGUUUUGUUGGGUGCGUUUUUUUUUUUGCGUUUCUAAUGGAGAUUUGCUGUGUGAUAUGAUACGGGAACUCGUGAUAUGGUAAACUUUGUAGAAAUUCAUGGUUGGAUCUUGAAAUUGAAUGGAUCUUUAAUGGUUUCUAUCA